AUGCCGCGUGGGACGCUGGAGCAGAAAGAACUGUACCGCCUUCUGGAAAAGAUUUUACGGCAGAUUGACUCCAAAGAAAGUGCCCAUGCUUUGUUAGACUACUGGCAGGUCACGCCUGAAGUGAAGAAGGUACAGUGUUGUGUAGUUGAGAAAUCGGGUUUCGAAGAGGACACAGCGGUUGGGGUCAUUUCACCUCGACUCACGGAGACCCACCUCAAGUCGCCAGCUGCUCAGGCUGGCCUGAUAUCACCGCCCACAGGUAGACGCCUUCAGUGUGUGCAUUGCUUUUCCUCGUCCUGUCCUCCAGCCAAGCCCGGUUCAGUUCCCGGACACCUGCUCUACCGAACCCAGAGACUUCUGGCUUCAUCUGUCCUGGCAGCUGAAAUGUGCGCACACACUUCGCCAACUCUGCUUGACGAUGGAGAGCAAGAAUCAAGUCACUGA